CAAGCAUACAAGCAUAAUGAAUAUGCAACAAUCAAAAGACAAUUGUCCAAGGAUUAUGAAGUGGGAUAUGAGUGAUUUACCAGAAGCGUUGGCACGAACACCAUUGGAAUCCCUUAAUCCAGAAAUGGUAAAGGAUGCAGAAUUGGAGCCCAUCAACGAGAAAGAGAAAAAGUUGUUGCAUUUUCUUGAACAAAUUGAAAAUAAGAGUGAUGUGAAGGAUGAUGAUGCUCAGGAGUGCAGCUUGGACGACGAUGGAUCGAAAUCUGAGAAGGACGAGGGGGUUGAGGAGACUAACAAUGAUACCAACAACCUAAUUUCCGACCUACUCAAAGAAAUUGACAGGUUGAAGGAAGAAUCGAAGGAAAAUGACAGAGUAAUUCAAACUUUGCAACAAAAAAUAGCUGAACUUGAAAGGGACCAUGUACCGUAUGAAGACGCCGCUGAGCAAAUGUUUGACUAUGAAACAGAAGUCGGGACGGUACAUGUUAAAAAGGGUAUCCUGCAGGAAGAAAUUGUGCAAAAGGAGGUUGAGAUAUGAGGUUUGUACGUCAGCAACGACUUAUUAGAGGAAAAACUUGAAAAAUCUGAAAAAGACAAAGCAAGUUUCGAAGAUGGCUUAGAUGACAUGGUAACCCAUAUGGUUACACAAGAAUACCACGACAAAGAAGAAGACAAAGAGAAAAUGCAAGAAGAGGAGCAGAGCAAGGAAGGAGAAGUUGAACAAACUAUCAGCGAAAGAGUUGAGAUAGCAACUGGAUU